AUGGUGGCAUUUGAGGAGAAAAUGAGAGAGAAUACGUCGCUUUUCAGAGAGGAGCAACGACUCAUGAACAUCUCACAACGGCUGGCGGAGCAGAACGAUCAAUUGCUUCAGCUGCUCGUCGAAUUGAACUCUUGCCCGCAAGUGCCACCGACACUACGUUAUGAUCUCAAGCCCCUGGGAGACCAGAGCACAAGGGAUGAGGGUCCGGAAGUGCUCAUUAGUGAAGAAGAUGGACACCUAGAGUUGCAGAAGGCCCGAAACCAGCUACGAGCGAAAGAAAUUGAUGAGACCCGAUAUCGAGAAAUCGAAGCUAGCCUUCUGAAAGCCCCGGCCUUUGCACCCAAACGUUCUUACGCCUCCCUGCUCUCCGUUGCACCCAACCCCCGUCAGUCGGCUGAGAAGUUGGAGACAAAUGGUGAAGAAACCAGUGCAUUUCUGUCGACGAAACAAGAGGAGCAAUAUCUACAAGCACUGGACGCGUUCCUCGACGGGAGCAGCACGAAUCCGAGAUCGCAUGCCGCCGGCAGUCUGGGAAGCCGAAGCGUGGAAAGGACGGCGGACCGCGAACGAGAAACACAGUUAAGAAAUCCCGUGUCUGUGUAUAAUUGGCUUCGCAAGCACCAGCCGCAGGUAUUCCUGCAGGAUCAUGAGCCGGGCUCUGAAAAGCCAUCCCGAGCAACUGGUUCUCGAGUUUCCGCAAGGAAAUCUGCCAACAAAGAGGCUUUGAAGCAGGAACAGGAGCUCUACGACGAUGACGGGAUCGCAUUGGACGUGGGCUCUUCUUCAAGAGGGAAGCGUAAAAGGGACGCAGAUGGCGGGUAUCGACCGAAAGGGGGCAAUUCCAAGGGGGGCAAGCGCAAGAAGGAAGCGAAGGAGGAUACCGGUCGUAGCAAACGGUCAAAGAAGUCGGCCGCGGAGGGCAGAUAG